UAUGUUAAUCCAUUGUUAAUGUCUUUGGAAGACGAAGUUUGACAUCACGAGUUUUGUGACUUACAUCCUAUAAUAUGCGUCUUUAUGGCGAAGAUUCCAGUGACUAUGAUUCAGUUGCUGAUGAUUUAAGUUUAUUACGUUUAAAUGCUCCUAAUAAUAAUUUAAUUACACAUUUAAAUAAUUAUACUAAUAAUGAUCACCAACAACAACAAACACAACAGCCACAACAACAACAAUUACAUCAACAUCAUCAUUUACAUCAUGAGCAAUUACAACAUACGCAUGAUCCUCAACAACAGCAACAGUAUCAAGAUCAGCAACAACAACAACAUUCUCAUAAUGCAACAAAGAACAACUUAAAAAUCUGAAAAAAGUUAAUAAACGAAAUUAAAAGCCUAUAACUUCUAUUUCCAUGUUAAGAAUUAAGAAACAAAAAACACAACAAAUACCAUAUGUAUCAUCAUAAUUUUAAUAAGAAAGAGAGGAGGGAGGACACUUCUAAAAAUCGUAAAAAACACUCAGUAUAAGAAAAGAUUUCAAGAAACAAAAAAUAUUAUAAUAUUUAUAAAACAAAAGUAAUAAAUAAUAAUAAUAAUAAUAAAACGUUAACGUAAAAGACAUGUAUGUACACAUUUUUCUAUUCCACAACAACGCAUUAACUCUUAAGAUUAUAUACUAAAAAAAACAACAACAACAACAAACAAAAUAGAUUCGUUUAUAAUUAAUGAUGCAUUAAAGAGCCUAAUGAAAGUUUAUUAA